AUGACGCUUAAUAAGCAAGCUGCGUCCAGGUUCAUAAAACAUGGCCUCGUGAGUCUCAUAUAUGAAAUGUUCGGGUUACUGGAGCUGACUCUCCUGCGGCGUAAGGCGGGAAACGAUAAGAUUGAUCUGGAGCGAGCUGAACGGGAGGCUAAGGAGAGAGCUAUGGCGCAGUUAAGAGCAGCCCAGCUCGCUAAGAAACAAGCUGCGGCUGCAGCUGCGGCUGUACCAGCAUCUGUCCCCCAAAAGCGCCCUGCAGAGGAGGAAGCCGAGGAUGCUAGCGAAUGUGAUGCAGAGGAAGAUGAUAAAGUCGAUGGUGAUGUGGGAGCAGCUACCACUACAGAGGAAUAUAUCAACGUCAACAAGGAUACUGCGAACCCACGGAGAAAAGGCAAGAAACGGAAAAAUCGACCCCUCGAUUUGCCAGCUGGGAAACCCAAUCUUCCCCAGGAGAACAAGCAUAUGAAAAGGCUUAGGAAGCAGAAGCGACAAAAGAAGCCAAAAAAACAGAAAGCUCAGCCCGCAAAACAGGCAACAACCUAG